AUUGGGGUUUAAGGCUUAGGCAAUACAGUGGACAAAAAUGGAAUUAGGGCUUAUGAUUUUCUCUUUUCAAAUUUAUGUGACUUCCUGUCUUCAUUAUUAGUUUUGUAUCUCCUUCUUCCUCCUCCUAUAAAUUUUCGUGAUCUAUGAGAAAGGGCUUACCAGUGUGGUAAGCUGAUGCCCCGUGCAAAUUGUUUCUGCGUUUGGGAUUUGAAGCCUUGGAUUUAGACUUGGCUCGUCCCCUCUCUCUCUAUCUCUCUCUCUCUCAUUGUUGGGACUAGCAUGGUUUCACAAGUUAAUUUCAGUCAUUCCCUGUUGGAAUGUCAGGUGGAACCCAUGAAUACAUCAAUGCCAGAUAUCAGAGAUUUGGGACCACAGAAGGCUGAAAGUAAUGUCAUAGAAGUAGAGAGUUUUCAACAUCAAGUUGAUGAAAUGUUUGUGAAAGUUGAUAAGCUUGAGCAGAGAUUGAAUGAGGUUGAACUAUUCUAUCUGACUGCAAGUAAAAAGCAACUGAGUGGUACUAGAGGCAGCUCAGUUGUAAAGGAGAAAGACAAGGAAAAAAAUAUUCUGGGCAUUAAAAAGCACCAGCAGGAGGCAUCACAAAGGGAGGCAGCUGCUGCAAAGAGAAUGCAAGAGCUUAUGCGCCAGUUUGCCACAAUAUUACGUCAGAUCACCCAGCACAAGUGGGCAUGGCCUUUUAUGCAGCCAGUAGAUGUCGAAGGUCUUGGUUUGCACGACUACUAUGAGGUUAUUGAGAAGCCCAUGGACUUCAGUACAAUAAAAAAUCAAAUGGAGGCCAAGGAUGGUACUGGAUAUAAGAAUGUCCGGGAGAUUUGUGCUGAUGUAAGGCUGGUUUUCAAGAAUGCAAUGAAAUAUAAUGAUGAAAAGAGUGAUGUUCACGUAAUGGCUGAUACAUUGAUGAAAAAAUUUGAGGAAAAAUGGCUGCAAUUUUUGCCCAAAGUAGCUGAUGAGGAAAAAAAACGAGAAGACGAGGAAGCAGAGCUGCAGUUGGAACUGCAGCUUGCUGAGGAGGCUGCUCAUGCUAAAAUGGCAAGGGAUAUAAGUAAUGAGCUCUAUGACAUUGAUAUGCAUUUGGAAGAGCUUAGAGAAUUGGUGGUUCAAAAGUGCAGAAAAAUGUCUACUGAAGAAAAAAGAAAACUUGGGGCAGCUCUCACUCGACUUUCUCCUGAAGAUCUCAGCAAGGCACUGGAGAUCGUUGCUCAGAACAAUGCAAGUUUCCAAGCAACUGCAGAAGAGGUGGACCUUGACAUUGAUGCUCAGAGUGAAUCCACAUUAUGGAGGUUAAAGGUGUUUGUAAAGGAGGCAGUAGCAGUUGGUAAGAGCUCUCCAAGCACCUGUGGCAACAAUGACAACACCAACAGCAAUUCCAAAAGAAAAAAUGAAAUUUGUGAUGCUGUAGCCAAGACUGCCAAGAAAAAGAGUAAAAAGCCGUCAUAAAAUAUUUGAUGAAUGAUAGAGCAGUGGAGCUUGGUUAAGCUGUUCGGUUGGUUGCAAUCCUUGUGAAUCAGUUGCCAAUGGUUACUCUUGCCACUUCUCCGGGGAAAAAAGGGUGGGCAGAGGGGUGUGUACUGAAAGGCUCUUUCGAUAAUAGUGUGCUGUUUUAUUGCAACUAAAUCAAGGUCAUCAUUGAAAAUUUAUUGGGCGUCCUUGGUUUUCAUAGAUUUGUAAUCUUGCAGGGAUUUUGAAUUAGUCUGUGAUUUUGAAAAUUUCUACUGCCCUCUUGGCCAGCGUCUGUAAAGCUUGUAGUUACUAGCAAACAUGCAGAUUGGCAGAGCUGGGAAGAGAAAAUGACAAGGUAGAGUGGUAAUGUAUCUAUCCA